AUGAAGACUUUUUUGGAAACGGUACAUCGAAUUUUGAAAUGCUUUAAUAAUUCCAUCUCGAAAACGUUCAAAAUACUCUCAAGGAUUAUUACUUUAUCAAGGAUAUACAUAUUCUGUACGGAAUUUAAAAAAAUCUGGCACAUACUGGACAUGUUCCAGCCAUCACAAAAAGGGUUGCAGAGCAAAGUUAACUACUACUGUAGAUUGGGAGAAUACUACGAAGAAAUACAAUUUAUAACAUCAAGGCGAGGUAAACAACUUUUAGUACAUGAACAAUAUGUUUUUGCUAGGAACAGUGUAAGUAAAGCUGGUGUUGCGUGGGCAUGCUCGUCACGAUGUUCUAAAAACUGCAAGGCUCAAGUGUGGCUCUCAAAUGAGGGUGCGUUAGUCGUUAUCAAUUCUAAUCAUAGUCAUGAACCGCCUGUAUACUAUGUAAACAAUAAUGGGCAUUACGCAAAUAGAAAAUUUGGUGGACCAGAUAUGCGACCUAUGUUCAUUACAUCCAAAAGGGGAACGAAAGUUUUAUUAUUCCAACAUUAUACCUUCUGUAAGAAAAAUUUGAGGAAAGACGGUUCAUCUUGGGCCUGUACGUCUCACAGCUCUAAGAAAUGCUUUGCUCGAGUAUGCCUUUCUAACGAUGGUAUCGUAAGUGUUGUUGACCCUAACCAUUGCCAUGAACCACCUAGUUUCUACAUAAACCAAGACGGGGAAUAUGUUAGAAUG